UCUGUCACUCUUGAAUGGGAGACUGCUAUGUUUACUCUUACUGAAAGUCAGUGCUUUCCAAAACAGGCCACAAAAUGUGGUCCUUGAGGAUAGGCUAAUUUUGGUGGAACUACCUGUGCAGAGUGGUACCAUUCUAAAGUAGAGGAGACUUUACUGAGCUUAAAUUUAAUUUAUCUUUCUUCAUUUUAGUUUCUGGUACAUGAGUAGUUUUCAUUUUACCCCUUUGAGUUAAGUGUGUUUAUGUAUAGUGGGGAAGGGGUUAAGAGCUUCCCCAGGUUUGUAAUCAUUAUGUAAAUAAAUGUCAGCUUUUCCUCACUGUGUAUCAAGUCUGAUAUGUCAGCCAGUAUGAGUUCUGCUAGUUAGAUAAUUGGCAUUUUGUGAGUGUAAGCACUUACAGUAUGCAAUUAUAAUUUUCAUUAGAUUAUUAUAGAGCUUUGCCUCUGUCAUUUAUUAAAAUUAUUUAGUUAGAAAUUUUAAUUUCCCUCUCAAAAAGUUGUCUACAUGUAGUGUUAGUUAAAUGGCAAGAAAGUGCCUAAUAAAAUAUCAUGUUCUCCUCAGGAUAGUUAUGUCCUCAUUUAUAAAGUCAGAAUUUCUUGCAUAAUUACUUGUACAUCCUCCUUUCUUUAUAGGGAUGAUACUCUGAAGCUAUUUUAUCUUCCCCUCCAUUUUUUAAUCCCUCUAGUUAAAGGAACGCUUACCCAUGCCUCUAAUAGACUAUUAGCAUUUAAAGGAUCUCUUUAAAUUAUGAUUUUGCAGUUGUCAUCAGUGUUUGGCCUUGGAUUUAUUUAGCUUGCCUGACAGGUAACAGUGCAAUUUUAAUGAGAAGAGUGAAAAAUGUGGCUUUGGUCUUAGUCUGACUAUCAGAGUCUGCAUAAUUCAGAAGGUUACACAGAGCACUGCCAACUUCUUUAAUUGUGUGUCACAUUAUGACAUUGCCAAACGGAUGCACUCAUUAAACUUUCCUUUUCACAGUCUUCAUCAAUUUUUCUCCUACACUUGAUAGGUAGUGGACUGGUCAGGAGCAUAUUACCUGUUUCCCUAAGAACCUUAAGUCUUGAUUUCAAGGAAAACUGUACCAAGUGAUAGCAAGAAAUCAUGUCACUAAUUGCAGCUAAACUGCUGCAAAAAAAUAAACAGCAGUCAGAAGGGUUUGGUUGCUGCUGCUAUUUUGUUUUUGUUUAUGGCCUAUAUAAAAUAUUUCAGAAGUCUUUGCUAAAACUGUUCUAAUUAUGAUUUACCCUGAAAUGUCAGAUUUUAAUUAUAUAAAAGCAAAAGUAACAGAGUAACUAGCUUCCUUCAAACUCUGCAAUGUAUGGUUUACAUGUUUGCAAAUUAGAUACUGAAUAAGUAGUGACUGAAAUAUAGCAUAUUACUAAAAAUGUGUAAAUAUCAGAAGAUUGUAACAAAAGUAAAAGAAAAUCCCAAACCCAAACCACAGAUUUACAGCUGGUUUUGCACCUGUGUUUUUUUCAGCUGUUUGGUACAUCUGUUUAUCUCUCUGUGCUGUACUCUGUGAAAUUUGAGACUGACAGAGAGUAGCUGAGAUUUUUCAGUGGCUUUCUUUAACAGUGCCAGACUAUUAUGAUAAGAUACCAGGAGUGAUAAACACCACAACCCAUGUCACUACAAGACCUUCUGCAAAUAAGUACUGUCUUGAAAAAGAAUGUUUCAUAUUCAAAUAAUUUAAUGACAAAGUGAGUUUGAAACAAAACAUCAGGUUUUGAUAUUAAAAAAAUGCCCAAGUGUAAAGAAAGCAUAUAUUUUUAAGAAAUAGCUUUUGUAUUUUGUGUGUGGGCAUUCUCUGUGGUAGUUGUUAGGAACUGUUGAGGUUUCCUCUGUUGAAUAUUUGGAGCUAUCAGUUGUUAAUGCCAAAUGUAUGCCCAUCCUGUCUCCUAAACUAGCAGGCAGAGUGUGGUUUUGGAAUUGCGUUUAGUUUAGAUUAAAUUUCUAGAAGUUGAAAUUUGGGAAAUUGAGUUCUUUGAACCUUUUGGUUUGAAUUGCAUUCAUAUUGAGUACAUUGAUGCUUUUGUAGUUAGAACAGAAUUGCUAAGUAUUGCAGUGAAAAUAAAGGGUAAAGCUACAGUGUUACUAUCAGUAUAUCACAUCUGCGUGUUACAUUCAUGGCCAACCUUUUUUAUAUUACUGUUUUGUUCACAAACUUAGUGGUUGCUCCAUAGAAGACUUAGAUUUCUGAGUAAAGAGAAGAAACUAAUUUCUCAAAGUGAGAUUUUGGUUUCACAAGGGCUUUCUGUCAUAUUAUUUUACUAGAGUCUAAGGUCAAAUUAGGUUUAUGGAAUGGAAACUUAUUUUCAUAUCCUCAAUAGGAAAAAUAAUUUUGUCAUUUUCACGCUGUGGAAGAGAGAAAUUUUUGGUGAAUGAAGCAGCAAGUCAGGAGUCUUACUGAAACAGAAAUAUUAAAUACUAGAAGGAAUCUGCAAUAUUUGAGACAAUCAGAAAUGUUUAGGUAAACUAGAUAAUGAGAAAAACAGAAAAGUGUUUUGGGAUCUGUUAAGUUAGUAAGGUGUCAGCAGUUCACCUGCCUACUGGAUGUUAAUUAAAUGUUGAUGUCUGUGCUACCUAAGCAGUAGUUUAGUUUCUGAAUUGCUUUGAUUUGGGGUCAUAUCUAGAGAUUAUGUGGGCAGAAGGAAGUACGGAUUUGAAAAAAUAAAGUUUUACAAUAGUUUACUUUUGGAGAAUAAAAGUAGAAGGAAGGAAGCCCUGCUAGAGCAGAUGGUUGCUAAAUACAUAAUGGGAGGGCAAUAAAUAGUUUCACUCUUAAAAGCUUAAAAGAAUAAUUUCAGUUCUAAAAAUUGUUUGUCCUCAUUUGUGAGCUUUAACAGAAUUUUGUAGUGAUUAUGAGAAUGAAAUCCCUUUUCAAAAAUUGAUUUUAGACCCUGUUUUUGAAAUUCUUGCAUGUUUUCUGCUGUACAUAAGUGGGAUUUGGAUGACUAGUUUGUGCCACCUAAUAUUUGUUAUAUUGUUUUUAAUGUAACAAGGGUGAAGUUCUUGUAUGUUCUUUCAAUUACUUUGACCUGUCAUUUUAUGCACAAUUUGACAAAUUGCUGUUACUCAGGCUUCAUGCUUGUAUUUACAAAGAGUCAUAGCUGAACUAGAUUUUAAUGUUAAAAAGCCAAUAGCAUUAGUAACUUCAGUAUUAGUAUAUUAAGAUAGAAUUCACUGGUGGGUUCAAAAAUAAUUUUCUCUAUUACCAUGUGAAGCUGUAUUCAGGUAAAAACCUAGAAGUUCUCUGUCUGCAGACGAAAAUUUAAAGUGAAUGAAAUAUGAGAGCAGCCUAAGCUUGUUAGUGUUUCCUGGGUUUUUUCAUACAGUUUUAAAAAAAUAAUUGAUUUUAUUGUUUAAGCAUGAGCUGCUUUAAGAAAUGCUGAUCCAAGUUACACAUGUAUCCCACCCAGGUUUUUUUAUGGUUUUCCCUGAAAUUGUGUCAGUCAUGUGACAUAAUUUUGCACCUUGUUCUUAACAGAUACUGCUUUCAGAUACAUGUAGUAUUAAUGAAAUAAUAACUCUAAAUUACAUUGCAAUCAGAUCUGCAGGCCUUUGAGUGCAGUAUUGACAAAGGGUAAAGCAUGACUUCUCUAGAUUUCCUAGUGCAGAAUAGGAGGAGCCAUGAUGUGUAUUAAGAUUUUUAUUCCCGUUUUCAGCAUGGGAUUCAACUAUGAGAAGAGUCCUCAGUGUGGUCUGAAUCACAGUGGAGCUAGGGUUGAAGCAAAAAUUUUGUGAAUAUUCAUAAAGUACUUUCAGUACAAGACCACAGAGAUAUUUAGCCAGUUACUGGUCAUCAGUUUUCUUUUAUCUGGUCACUGGUUCCUCUAAAUUUUCAUGCUGAUAUACCAUAGAGCUUCAUUAAUUCCUUCAGUUUUUCAAAAUGUGUUGCUUAUUACAUUUUGCCGAAAGAGAACUCUAUGAACAUUUGCCUUUUGAAACUUUUUUUCUUUUAAAUUUGAGUUACUUCUUGUAGCUAUAAAGGGUUGUUUCAUGCAGCAUACCUUGGAAGAAUAUAAUAUAUUUUUUUUUGUUUGUGGUUUUUUUAUACAUAUAGGUUUCCAUAUAAAGAGAUUAUAGGCAGUGAAGUCUAGGUAGAGGAUAAUUUCCUGUUUGAAAUCACUUUAGAUUUUUUGGCAGUCUCUGAUUUUCCCCUCAUCUGACUCUAUUGAUAAUCUUUUUCCGUUACUCUUACUGUUCUGUCCCCCAUCCAGGAUACUUCACCAAUCCUCCUGUGGACUCUACAGUAUUUUCCCUUUAAGUAAAUGACAUGAGAUUUAAUUUUACUUGAUGUCAACAAUUAUGUUAAAUACUGUGAAAAAAUAUAAGUGUGAAAAUAAACAUGUAAAUCUGAAGAAGAAUUUGUUUUGCUAUUGAUCUAUUGGUGUCAGAAAAAAAGAAACAAAUGCAGUUCUAAUUCUGGGUUGUAAGUGAUACAGACUUUGUCUAAAAUGGCCCACGGACCAAUUUUACUUACUUAUUUCUUAUUUUAGACUAGGAUUUGGAAGUAAGCUUCUUCAAAAGCGUGCACUUGUCUAUUCUGCUUCCCUUUCUCAUGUGUGUCCUGCAUUUCAGAUUGUAUUAUAUAGACAAAGACAUUUGGGUUACAUUUCACCCCUUACGUGAGCUCACGCUUCCUGUGUGAGAUCACUGUAGCUGAAGGGACUUGAUUCUCCUGCUGUUACGCCUCUUUUUUGGCCCUGGCUACUGAUGGGCUUUGUCAUCUUUCUUUUGCUGAGCAGAAGGUCUCAUUGCAGUAAAAUAAUGGGGUUUUAGUUACGUUGCUAUUUGUAGUCUUAAUCUCCCCUUUCCCCCUUUGAUGAUGUGACUGAGCUUUGCACGUAUAUCGCUGUGAUGGUAAACUGAGGGUGUAAUCUCCAGUCCUUAAGCAAGAGGGAUAUUUAUAGCCCAUGUAGUGUUUUUCUGCACAGGGGACACUGCGGGAAAUGAAAGCUGUGCAUGAAAAGUGUGGCUCUCAGAGCCGGAAACCAUCUCAUAGUCCUCUGUGGAUAAAUUUGGUUUAAGAAGGGUUCCUAAAGUGAGACUUAACAAAGUGCUUGGGUCAGGUCAGAAAUACAAGUAAAUUGCAGCUUAGUGCUGCAUCAUGUGGGGCUCAUGUCCUAAGACUUCACAGGUUUCUCUGGGAUUGCUGGCAGGUUGUGCCUUGUCAGAGGGCAGGAAACGCUGAGCUCUUCCCUCCUGAGUGUGUUUCUUUUCCCUCUCAGCCAGACCACUGGAAGUUGUAUGCAUGUGGCAGCAGGUUGGCUCUGUAGACAGUGAACAGUGUUAAGUGUUGCUACCAGUUUGAUAAAGCAUUUCUGAUUCCGGCUGAAAGAUAAGGGAGUUACAGGUAAUGCAAUAGUGCUGUUACAAGUAGUUGUGCUUUAUUCUGAAAGUUAGACCUUAGAUAAAACUCUUUUAAGCUCCCCUGCUUAAAUCAGUGGAUUAAAAAAAAAAUCAGAAAAAGAACAAAAAACAAAACCCCAAACCACAAAACCCAGCAGUUACAGACUAAGAUAGUUCUUGGUUUUCUAGAAACAAAUCAUUGAGAUUUCCUUUCUAACAAUACUUCUGAAGCACAGAUAAAAUGGCUUCCUGUCCCAGGGUUUCCUGUAUCCAUGGCAACCUGACUUCAGGCACUUCUUUCUUAGUUUCCUGAGCAAACUGUUGCAAACCCUGGGGCAAAAAUGUGAGUGCUGUAGUACACAGCAAUACUGCCUUUACAAAGGUUUCACAGAGGAAUGUAGUUGGUCAGCUUAUAACAUAGUCUAGUGGACUGCAAACAGCAAAAUAACGGAAAUAAUGAACUUCAGAUUUGGGUGAAGUCAGAGAGGAGUAAGAAGGCCAAAGACAGGGAUAUGUGUGUUCUGCAAAGUUCUUCACCCUGCCCGGGAGCAUUCCUGUAUAUAUUUAAUUGUUUUCUUUUGUUGCUGCUUCCGAAGGAGGCUUUUGGCUGUCCAUCUGCUUGUCAGCUCUGCACAGGGAGACAAGUUAGCUGUCGUAAUGCAGGGCUUUCGAGCAUCCCUUGGAACCUUCCUAAAACAACAAUUGUUGUUUACCUCAGUGGGAAUAAUAUAUCACAUGUCACUCCGAAUGAUCUAAGAGGCUUUCUGAAGCUUGCUGCACUCUACAUGGAUAAUUCCAGUAUUUCGUAUGUACACCCAAAAGCUUUUGUGGAACUCACCAAACUCUGCUACUUGCAUCUAAAUAGCAAUCAUAUUAAACGCCUGGAUCCAGGAAUCUUUGAAGGCCUUUCCAAUCUUCAUUGUUUAUACCUUCAGAACAAUCAAAUAGCUUUUCUUCCCAGAGGAUUAUUUAGUGAUCUUCUUUCUGUUAGAUAUUUAACACUUCAAAGAAAUCGUCUCAGUGUCCUUGGAAGUGGGACUUUCUGGGGAAUGAUAAGUCUCCAAACACUAAACCUAGCAAAUAAUAAGAUUUCACGGAUAUCAGAUGCAGCAUUUCAUCAUCUUGAAAAUCUUGCAUAUUUAUUUCUUGAAGGUAACAACUUACCACUUGUGCCAUCAAAUGCUAUUGGAAGGCUCAAAAAUCUUGAAAGACUUUCUUUGUCUCACAAUCCCAUUGGAUCAAUUCAGCCUUUUGCAUUUAAGGGACUUAAUAAGCUUAAAUAUCUGUCUUUGAAAAAUGUCAAGCUAAAAUGUGUUGCUGUAAAUGGAUUUUUUGGAUUAAACAACCUUAGCCAGCUAAUCUUAAGUUAUAAUGAUUUAGAAAAUAUAAAUUCCAGUACUUUUAUCUUAUUGAACAAUUUAAUGUAUUUACAGCUAGACAGAAAUAAUAUAGCUAGUAUUGGCAAUGGUACCUUUGAAAAAAUGGGGAAGUCACUCAAAGUACUCAAUUUAGCAUUUAAUAAUAUCACAGAGUUACAACCUGAAGUGCUCAAGCCCUUAGUGUCUUUAACUCAUCUGCAGGUACAUUCUAAUCCUUGGAACUGCAGCUGCAGAAUGCUUGCAUUACUUAAUUGGCUAGCAUCAUCUUCUGUUUCUGCAAAAAUACACUGUCAGCAUCCUGAGAGUAUGCGUGGUAGACCUUUGCAUUAUAUGAAAUGGGCUUGGUUUUCAAACUGCAUUGGCCCAACUGCCAGCCCAGGCUCUGCCCCAGGUCUGGGAUCUGUCAGGGUGCAUCACAGCACUACCACUCUGCUGAUGGCCUGGCAUAAAGGGAACAGGCACAACACAUUGCAACAGUUUGUCACUGCAGAAACCAAGUAUAUUGCUUUCUGGGAGGGAGCUACAGCUACAUCUUCUACCCCAUUGACUUACCAGGAAUAUGCUGUUGAAGUGCCAUCACAGGCAGCUGCAGUGUUAUCAACAUCACCAGUUCAAAUACCAGCAGAAAUUACACCUACUAAUAGAAAUGUAGAAGAAGAAUGGUUGUUUACAACUGACCCUGCUCCUGUAUCAUUAAAAACAAGCCUGAUUUGUACACAACAGGUUGAAAAGCUGAAUCAAGCUUUUGAUAUUUUACUAGCCUUUUUCAUUCUGGCUUGUGCUGUUAUCCUGUUCUUAACCUGUAUAAUUAUUCAGUUUAGACAAAAACUAAAGGUGUUGGAAAACUCAGGGGAAAAGAGUAUAGAAUAUUAUGGCUUUUAUCAGCCUGGCAGAUACAACAUAACUGACUCAGUUCAGUCUCUAACUCGGAAAUCAGUGGAACAUUCAGAACUGGACCAAAUAAGGCUGCUCAAGCGAACAGUAUCAGAAAGUCAGGCACAGGUCAUCUUGUUCGAACAUUCAUCAUUGUAAUUUGUCUCGUUUGAUUUGGUGUUAACAGGGUUAUGAAAGGUCAAGAAAUCAAGAACUCAAUUCUGUAAAAAACCUCCACCAAUUAAAAUCAACCGCUUAAUAGGACUGUGGAAAAUGGCACAAUUUGGGUUCUGCAUCAACAUUUGCUUACUGAAUGUUUUGAAAUUUGUUGAUCAUUUCAUUAUGUCAUUUCAAUCUAACAUGGAUAAGCUUAUUAAUCUCAGUCCCUAUUUGUAGUAAUCAUUCACCUAUGCUCAAGUAUACAUGCAGUAUAAAGUGCACUUUAAUUUAUUUUGCCAUACUUAAUGAUGUAAUGAUGGGAUCACAAAGCCAAGAAAUAUUGGGGAAUCGGAAAAGAGAGUUUCAUGUGUUUAUUGUAAUAGAGUUUUUACUCUUCCUCUAUUAAAUAAAGCACAAGGAAUAAAGCACAUUUACAGUUAGCAUGUUCAAACUCUUGAGUAAAAGAGUAAAAAGUAAAAAAAAGUAAAGAGAAAAAUUUCAAACUAUACAAAUUCUAUUCAUACCUGUAGCAUAUUGUAAUAUACAAAGUUGCGUGUGCAGUCUGUAUAAUGAAAAUAUUAAAGUGACUUUUUUAUUAGUGUGUAUCGGUAUUGUUUUAUGAAAUAUCCCAAAUUGGAGUUAAGAAAAGCAAAAUUGCUGUUGCAAUUUACCAAGUGUAAUGACCAGAUUUAUUCUUUCUAAGGUAAUAGAGCUGGUUAAUUAUUGUCAAUAAAAGAUCAUCAUUUAUGUUAUCUAUGUAGUAAUAUUUUUAGGGACUUUAGCUAGAUAAGAGGUGCAUAUUGAAGAAAUACACUACACUGUAAAUACAUACUGCUGAAUUAAUGGCUGAAGGCAUUUAUAUAUGUGGUUUAUAUUUGGAGGUGUCUGGUCAAGAUAUGUGUUCUUAGUUAAAGCUUCAUCUUCAAACUAGGGAUAUUUUCUUUUUUAGUUUUCAUAUAACUUUUUAUUUCUAUUUCAAAUGUUGGAGUUGUGUUGUUGUCAGAUAUGCUGUAGCUUUAUUUUUAGCCUGAAUUUCUGGGAUUUUUGUUUUUCUAUUACUUUAAUAAUUCAAACUUUAUUCUGGAAUUAAAUGUCAUAAAACUACGUGCCAAAUAGUCCAAUGUUGUAAAAUUUUCAACCAAUGGGACUUUGAUACUGUUUUUCUUGUACAGGCCUGUGCCCUAGAGAUUUCAGCCAUGUUUAUAAGUUACACAGCUAGACCAUUUUCCUGAAGGAAAAGUGGGGAACAAUGCUUUGAUAGACUUUCCUCCAUGGUGUUGAUUUAAAUUAUGUAGACGUAUGUUGCUGUUCCAGGCUUCAGCCCGGAGUCUGUUGCAUUUUGCAGCUGAGCCAGAGCUGCUCUCAGCAUUCUUGUUCUCUCCCCUUUCUUUCCUGGUGCGUGUAUCCGGGCUGUGCAGGUCUCCAUCAUCCUGUUUGUCCAUCUGCAGUUCUUUUCCAGCAGGGAAAAAUCUAUUAUCUGCUACCAGAACAUAUAGAAAUCUUGACUGCACUGAAUGGGUGUGAAAGUGCAAGUAUGACUUCAUUGUUUGUUAUUAGUGUAAUGAAAUAAUACUGUAUUUGACUAUAAUUCAUGGUAUCAUAGAUCAAAUACUUCUAGGAAACACACAAUUCAGCUUCUUGGACAAAAGCUUAAACUGUUCAGUAUUGCUUGAGUAGAAACUAUGUUUUAAAAUUAUUUUCUAACUUAAGAUCAGAUGUUAAAUAUAAUGGGCAAAUACUUUUAAGAAGGGAAAACACUGACUGUAAGUUAUGCACUUUUUUCCAGAGGCUAAUCCACUGCAACCUCUUCCUUUUUAACCCAUUUUUGUUACCUUCUGUCUCUCCAUAAUUCGUUGUGAUAAAUAUUUUACAGAGGAGUUUUGGUAGUACACAAAGGUUAAAAACUGAAUAAACCUAAUUCUCAAUUCUCAAAGAAAUCUGGCAGGGAACAGCUCUGUUAUUUUAGGCUCUGGUUUCCACAGCUGCUCUUUACAGAAAGGCAUGAGAGCUUCUCUCUGUAGGUUCAUCUUUGUCACUGACAAGCUGCUGGGGGAGUUGUUUGCCAGGUCUUCGUCUCACCAUCUGUAGUGGUGGAACAUGAAAGGAAACUGGUGUCACAGCUGUUUGUGCAGCAGAGAGUUGGAGCCAUUGAAAGCCAUCCUUUGGAGUGGAGACAUCCUCAGAUAACCAGCUUGCCAACACAGGGAUUAGACUAACAAGGCACUGAGAGAUUUAUUAUGCAGUUGUGAGGGAAAUGCCUUUCUUUAGCAGUCAGUAUCUUUUGUAUUUAAAUGUUCACAUGGGGAAACCAACCCUUUCAUGUACACAUGUAGUUCAUAUAUCAACUAAAGUCAUUAGGGAAUAAUUAGAAGCCUUAGUGAAGCCUGCCUGCCCUUGUGAAGCAAAGUGGUGCUUCAUGAAGAUCUGGUUUAUGGUCACUCAUAGGACUCCCUGGAAAUACUGUCUUAGCUGCUACUUCACUGCUUUAGGAGCUCCCUAGAACUGUGCAGGUCCUAAGGGGUGGGGGGUGUGUAACAAUCACUUACAUCACUUACAGUAUGUGCAGAGUAAUAUCUGCUUGUCCCAUUCCACCUCUUUCCUUGGCUAAUGAGAUAAGAAAAAAGAAUUAAUUAAGCUUUCUCAAUAUGUAAACUAGUAAAGAUAUGAAAUCAAACUCUUCUUGGUGUUUGCAUCAUUCUGGCGAAUGCAGAAAAGCAGAAAAUGUUUUAUCUUUUUUAUCUCUGAAAAAGUAUUUUUUCUUAUACAGGUUUUUUUCUCCUCUGAGGGAUAUGCAAAGUAGAUAUGGGGUGCAUGAUGAUAGAGCUUUGUCCACUAGUUGGCUAUACAAGUGAAAUAAAAAUUAUGAAUUUUCACAUGAAACCUCGGGAUAAUAAGUUAUAUAGAUAGCUGUGUGCAUUAGAAAUUAUAGACAGAAUGAAAAAAAACCAAACUGUCUUUUAUUUUCAGAACAGAUGGAGUCUGUUCUGUGCUUUGCAAAGCUUUUAUUCUUUUAUCUAAAAACUUAUGCAACUUUGAAAUAAAAGUUUUGAGAUUAUUCUUAUGGAAGCUGCCUGAAUGCUAAAUUUUGUUUUGUAUUGCUAAGGUGAAUUUUAUUAACGGGCAACAUAAAAGAACAUUUCUGUAAUUAAAAAAAAAAGUAGUCAUUAUAUCUUUGAAACUGGAUUAUGAAGUAUUUUAGGUCCCAGUUGUGGGUCUUUUGCUACAUACCAAAACAGUUUUUGUCCCAAUAAUUGAAGAAGACUUGGUAGACAUAAAAACAGUUUUAGCCUGAUGCUUUUGUUUGUUUCAUUGCUAAUCUGGAUUGUAUGCAAUUCAGUGGGGGAACUGCUUAAAUGGUGCCUUCCCCCAGGUUUAAGAUUUUAGUAUGAAGAUUUUAAUAACAGUAUAUUAAUUGUUCUGGUCUGAAAAUUCAUCUGAAUGCAUCAUUUGUCUUCUUUGAAUCUGCUCAUAUAACUUCUCUAAUUAUUUCUUGAAAUAAGCAGGCUAAUUUGAGUCUCUUUGAAAAGGUAUUACUUUGAGUGGCAUGGCAUUCUUUCUCAUCUAUUAAAAUAAGUCCGAUGCAUUUUAUAUUGCCACUGAACUUUGAAGUUUCUUUUUUUAAAGCGUGAGUCUGUGGUAUCUUUAUUUUUCACCAGCAUUUGUCUUGUUUUCUAGAAACAGUUGCACUGUUUAAUAGCUCCAUACUUGGUAAACAUUUCAGUGGGUCUUUGGUAGAAAGAAACUGUAUGUCCCAUUUAAAGGGGAGAAAAAAGGAGAGAAAAGAAAAGGUAUUAUAUUUACUGAAAGCUGCAGGCAGAUUACAUUUUGAAAGGUGUUCUGCAUUCUUUUUUUCUCCUUAAAAAAACCCCCAAAACGCCUUUAUGAAUCUUCCACUAAAGAAGUGAAAUACUAUUUCUCAUUUAUGUCAUAAAGUAGGAAUAUUCUUUCCAAGAAAUUAAUGAUUUCCCUAUGAGCUUUUAUAGUAACUAUCAAGAGCAAUAUUUUUGCUGCUCUGUGCUGAUGAGACCCUAAUUGGAGUGUGCUGCUCUGGGGCCCUCAAUGUAAGAAGGACCUGAUAGUCCAGGAGCAAGUCUAGAGGCCACAAGGUUCAUAAGAGGAGUGGAGCACUUCCCCUAUGAAGACAGGCUGAGAAAGCUGUGGCUGUUCAGCCUAGAGAAGAGAAUGUUGUGUGGAGACCUGAUUUCAACCUUCCAGUCUCCAAAGGGGUCUGCAGGGAAGCCAGAGAGGGACUGUUCAUCAGAAACUGUAGUGAUAGAGGACAAGUGGGAAUGGCUUAAAACUGAGAGUAGGUUUUGAUUAGAUUUUGGGAAGAAGUUCCUUACUGCGAGGGUGAUGAGGCACUGGGUUGCUCAGAGAAGCUGUGGAUGCUCCAUCCCUGAAAGUGUUUGAGGCCAGGUUGGAUGGGGCUUUGAGCAGCCUGGUCCAUUGGAAGGUGACCUGCCUAUGGCAGCAGGGUCAGAACCAGGUGAUCUUUGUAGUUGCUUUCAACCCAAACCAUUCUGGGAUUCAUGCAGCUUGGAAGGAAGAAAUAAUACAGGUAUUGGAUGACAUCCUGUAUUAUUAAUUAAAUAGUGCGUAAGAACAGGGCAUAGUUUACUUUCUCCAGGGCUCAAAGUGGUCACAUUUGUUAUCUGUUGAAUGCUCCCUGUUUACUAUUGACAUGAAUCUGAGGGCAGCUUGUUGGAAAAUUAACUGUGUUAAUGGCAUUUCCCUAGAGAUGUGUUUCAAAAAUAAGAGGCAAAAGAGUCUUAAUGGAGGUGUGCUAGGCAGGACCUUUGACUUGGUGAAGAGACCUGCUCUGUCUCGGAGGGCUCAUUGUGCAGGUGACUGAGGCACUGUUGACUCUCUCAGCUGUGCUGUGAGGUCAGUAGGUUGUUUGCUUGCUGUCUGCAGAACCUCACAGAGAUUCAGUCUCACAGCAUGUAAUGUUUUGCUCUUCUGAAUGUGAUGGGAAAGCCUUUUGGCAAAGGAAUAAAUGUCUUUUGAAACGCAUAGCUGGCAAUCAGGUAGUUAAAAUCAUGUCAGUUUUGAUUUUGUGGAAUUCAAGAGUUUCAAGACUGAUGAUACAAAAUACACCUCAGAUUCUGGCAUACAACAGUAGCUGAAUUUUAAAACGAGAACAAAAGCUAAUCCCUAUGAAAGAAAGUUUUAUCAAAACAAACAUAAAAGAAAUAUUUUCUAUGCUUAGUACUCUACUUUGAUAAGCAUUUUUUCCAAGGUAUCUAUUGCUAUUUAACUAUUCAUCAUAUGUGUAAAAUUUUAUUGUGUGUCUGAUAAGAAGUUUUUCAAAAGCAGUUGCUAUUGUGUAAGGGGCUACAGUUCAUCCAUGUCUUCAGUUUUCACCCCAAAUAAGAAAAGGAAAUGAAAGAAUAUUAGGGAAUAGAUUUGUCUGUGUUAAAACAAUGAUCAACUACAAUCAAAGUACAAUAUAUGAAGUUCAUGUUCAGUGCCCGUAAAUAAGUGGAAUGUGUCUGCUUCUGCAUCUGCGUCGUAGGGAGCAGCAUCAGCAGCAUCUUAAGCCUGAAAUUCCAAACAGGGAGCAAUCAGGUGUUUCAGUGAGUGGCAGUCCCAGGAAAAGGGUUGUAGUUCAUGAUCACCAUUUAGGUCCUUUCUCUUUCUUUGCUCUGUGUAGCUAGAGGUAUUCCUGAGAUUAACAUCUUUUCACUUGCAGUUUGUCUUCAUGCUUCUGCAGUUCAUGGAGUAGGAGUCCAAGAACCCGUGUUCUACAAUAGCAUGUCUCUGCCAUUAGAUCCACGGUGGCAGCAGGAAAUGGAGCAGAAGCAGCAGCUGGCUGCUAGCUCUCUGUUAACUAGGAGCUGGUGUCCGCUGCUUUAUCCAUCAUGGGAAGAUUAUGUUUCUCUGCCCUUACCCUACAGGCAUAUCUUUCUCAAGGCAGGGGCAAAUGUAAAUGUGUUCAGUGUAAUUUUGAGCAUUGUGGGCCUAUCUAAUCAAGCCCUCAGGUCAUGCUGAGUAAAGGUACUUGUGCCUUUUAACUACAAAGUGGUAUCUACCAGCCCUUUGCAUUAGUCUUAAAUAGCCUUAUGUGUCAAAAGAUAGAAGGUGUCUGUGUUUAAACAGAUAAAUCCUGUCAUAGUCUCUCCUGACAGUCAGGAAAGUCACAUUCUUGCAGAACUGGUUGCAGGGUUUUUCCAUCCACUCUGGGGAGCUGGCUACCUAGGAGGGUGAAGAAAUACAGGUAAGUAAGGGAGUGUACCUUCUUUACAAGCAGCCAUUGCUCAAGGGGUUGUGUAGGUUGCUGCAUUGAAUCAUGAUGGUAGAAAAGGUGUAAAUGUGUUGGGAAUAGAAGCUACUACUCUCUUCCCUGGCUGGCAGGAGCAUGCCCUUCACUCCUAAAGUUCUUGACUCCUAAUGUCAAGGACAUUACUAAUAUAUAUUACUUUCUGUUCAUCUGCAACAACUUUUAGGUUUUCAGUGGCAUACUAAGUUCUGUUAUAUUUAAAAAUAAUGUUUCUUGUAUAUUUGGAAGCCUUUUUCUAAUAAAAAAAAUACUGAAUUAGUUGCUUGAUAGCAUGCUCAGCUAAGCAGUAAGCAAGGAAAAUACCUCUCAGUAAAUGUACUCUACAAUUGAGCAAAUUUCCUGUGCAGUUCCUUUAGCUAAGUCACUUUCCUGUUCUUUUCCAAUGUUAUCCAAAAUAAAUUUUUUUCU